GUUACAAUGGUUUAUCUUCCCGCCUGUUGCGAUUCCACAACACCAACGCCAGCUUGAUCAGUCGCGUCUACAAUGCGCGUAGCUGUUUGCGAAACACUCAUAGUGCGGCUUUGCCGACGGACAAAUUCAGAGUGCUGUUUAUGGGUCGCGACGAGUUUUCUUGUCUAGUCCUCGAACAGCUAUAUCGCGCACGAGACGUUUGGACCGAACUUUUGGUCGUGACACAGCCUGACGUGAAGACGGGUCGACGCGGUUCGCAGCUCUCUGUUUCACCGCUCAAAAUUCUUGCACAAGAACUGGACCUCCCCGUUCACUUCAUACCACCCGAUAAGGCAACAUUCAAAACCUGGCAGCUACCGCCACCCUUUUCGCUCGCCUCGACAUCAAACCCUCCAUCAUCACAUGUCCUUAUCACAGCGUCCUUCGGGCGCAUCCUCCCGGCCUCUAUGCUCAAGCUCUUCUUGCCCUCCAGGCGCCUGAACGUCCACCCCUCACUGCUCCCCGCGUACCGCGGCGCCGCGCCCAUCCAGCACACACUGCUAGGCGGGCAAAAGGAAACGGGCGUCUGCGUCAUCGAGAUGAUGGAGCGCAAGAAGGGCGUUGACGCGGGAGCCAUCUGGGCUCAGAGUCGUAUGGACGUCCCGGAUGGGGCGACUUUCGAGACAAUGAGGGACAUACUUUCACGCGAAGGCGGUCGACUGCUCGUAUCGGUCCUGCGUGACACGUUGGCAGGGAAGGCGACGUCAACGCCGCAACUCUCCGACCCGUCGGCUUCGCGUGCACCGGCUAUCACAGCGGAAGACUCCGCAAUCGACUUCACCACCAUGUCUGCUGAGCAUAUCGUCAGACGGUACCGAGCGAUCUCACAUCAGAAACCGCUCAUCGCACAGCUCAAAAUAAAGAAGAACCUCCAGCUGCAUUCGCCUUCCAUUUGCGCUGAGGUCUCAGGUGAAAUCAAAGCUUCGCUUAUGUCACCAGGACUAGCGACCUAUGAUCCUCGCACCCAGUCUCUCAUCAUCCGCUGUGCUGACGAUAGCUUCCUGGCCGUUCCACAAGUCAAGCAGCAGGAUCGUUCUCUCUUGAAGGCGAAGGAGUGGUGGAAUGGCGUGCGACCCGAGAUGAGGGUCAGUGGUGAAGGUGAAGGUCCCGUAGAGUUCGUCAGGUGGGAUGUUAGCUAGCGUAAUCGAAGCAGAAACUUAAGUCAUUCGCUGAACGGCAAAUAUCUUUAUGUCGCUUGGAGGAAAUCUAAUAGCAAUUCGUGCUCAG